AUGGCGGCGAAAGUGAGGUCGUCAGGGAUGAGUGGAGAUAAAAAGUCGGGGCGGUUUAGCUCUAGCAGGCGGAAAGAACGUUCAUAUCGGAAACACACUAGUCGACGCACAAAGAGUCCGCGGCCCUUCUCAGACCGCUCAGGAAAGCCUGCGUCUUCUGCGAGGGCACUCCAUCGGUUAUCACCGGUCCGGAAAGCUAAGCCUUUACCUGUCAACGAAUUGGAUAUAGUAUCAUUGAGUGAGAAGGAACAACAAUCCAGAACAGGUUUCUUUAUAAAUAAAAGUCGUACUGAAAGGGCUCAUAAUCGCCAGCGUAUUGGCAUGACAGAUAAACGUGGAUUCUGGGUUAUGAAAAACAGAAUGGACUAUCGUCGCACUCCGAUGUAUCCGCAGCGACGGGGCAUUGGAGGAGGCGACUCGGCAGGUCAGCGCACGCUUUACGGUCGUACUAGCUGGCAGUCAUAUAAAAAUGAGGAAUCAAAAAAAAUAAAUGAGCAAGAGAAACCAGUUAUGAAUUUGUUUGAUCCAUGCAAAGUUCCCACCGGACGCUCUUAUUUCACGCAUGACGAUAGAAUGGCGAAACCAAGUCGCGUGUCUAGAUCUGGAAAUUCAAGUUCUGGUGACAAGGGCUGGCAAUCAUUGCCUGUUGGUUGGCGAAAUGUACGGAAGGUGCGGAAGAACGAUAAUCUCAUACGUGGUGAUAGUAACCAUAGUUCAUAUGAUAAUAAUGGCGGCGAUAAAAAUCCAGUAGAUGCUAUGUGGAAACACGACAUGUUUGAAUGUGCGGAAGACGAACCAGCUUGA